GCAAAGUUGGGAAUGGGCCUCCGGCAGAGGAGACUCCCCGGCCUGGGCGCCCCAAUCCCGUUUGCUGGCACCGGCACCCUAAAUGGGUUCCACCCUGGCGGAGGCCGGGGUGUGCGACCCGGAGGGCGUUCAGAGCGCUCGAGGGGGGGAGGGGAGCCGGGCGGAGGGCAGGAGCUGACUCGCUCUCCAAGCCUCCGCCCAUCAGUCACCUCGCAGGGCACAACCUUGGGCGGUGCAGGCGGGCCCCAGCUCCCCGAACCCCACUCCCGCCCCCACGAGCGUGAGAGGGAGGCAGCCACCUCCCCAGGAAGAGCCAGGAAAAAAGCUGGCGCACCGAGCCGCCAGGUCCCCGAGAGAGAGGUGCGCCCUGUCCGUCACCGCCUCCCCUGACCCAGACUCUCCGGAACCCCCGGCCCCGGGAUCCCAGCCCCCUGGAGGAGGCAGCCCGGGGUGGGGGGGGGCGGGGUCGUGGAGCCCCCAGCCGCCCCACCCCCUGACAGAGACCCAGCUGGACCCGCCACCCGGGUGGGCCCUUCACUCAAGGUUUGAGCAUGAAGAGUUGUGUGCAGGCCUUCCUUGAGCCCCCCAGGUAACCGCAGACCCGUCGGUUACGGCUGUCCACCUGCGAUGCCUCGCGUGUGCCCGAGAGUCCGGUUGCUUGUUUCUUCCGCGCGGCGCUAGGGAUCCUGUUCGGCGCAUCUGCAGGUUUUUGUUGUGGUGGCAGCGGCGGCGGCUUCUUAUUUAUUUUCUUUCUUUGAACCGGGCCCUGCCCGGCUCCUGCCGGCACGAUGGCCCAGUCCAAAGCCAAUGGCUCGCACUACGCACUGACCGCCAUCGGCCUGGGCAUGCUGGUCCUCGGGGUCAUCAUGGCCAUGUGGAACCUGGUGCCCGGCUUCAACGCCGCCGAGAAGCCGACGGCUCAGGGGAACAAGACGGAGACGGGCAGCGGCAUUCUCAAGAGCAAGACGUUCUCCGUGGCCUAUGUGCUGGUCGGGGCCGGGGUCAUGCUGCUGCUGCUCUCCAUCUGCCUGAGCAUCCGGGACAAGAGGAAGCAGCAGCGGGGCGAGGAGAUGACGCACAUCCAGUAUCCGCCGGGGGCCGAGCCCCACCCCCAGGAGGAAGACAGCCAGGAGGAGGAAGAGGAGGAGGCCUCCUCCAGGUACUACGUGCCCAGUUACGAGGAGGUGAUGAACACGGGCUUCUCAGAGGCCAGGGGACCCAACCACAGCCCGAGGAUGAGCAUCUCUCUCCCGUCCUAUGAGUCCUUGACGGGCAUCGACGAGACCAGCCCCACGACCGCCAGGGCCGACGUGGAGGGCGGCCCCGGGCACCCCCCCGACAGGCAGAACUCCAAGCUGGCCAAACGCCUGAAGCCGCUGAAGGUCCGAAGGAUUAAAUCGGAGAAACUUCACCUCAAAGACUUUAGGAUCAACCUCCCGGACAAAAACGCCCCUCCUCUCUCCAUCGAGCCCCUGACCCCCCCGCCGCAGUACGACGAGGUCCAGGAGAAGGCCCCCACCGCCCGGCCGCCCGACUGAUGGCUCCUGUCGGGGGCGGCCCCUCCUGUCACUCACCCUCCGCACCCACAGACCCCCGGGGAGCCACUCCGGCCACAGUUGAGGAGCAAGGGGACAGAGGCUCACUGAGUGGUUCUGGAUGCUGGGGGGGGGGUGUGCAGACUCGUGUGAUUGUGGGGUGACUCACACCCCCAGAACCUCAUGUAGCAGGCGCAUUGGAAAGGUGCUGGGGACCGCAUCUGGGGGCGGUGUAGGCCUCUUCCCCAUCGUCCUUCCUCAACCGAAUCGUUGGUGACAACAGCCUUUUUCCGACCAGGAGAGGCCACCCAGCCCCUGGUUUAGGUUGCGGUUUUGUUUCGCUUUCACCAGGCUGUCCUGUUAGCUUUCUUCACCGGGGUCCCGAACCGUGGGCAGGAAACACGGCUCCUCUCUGAAGCAAGGACUCGGGCUUUUGUCCAAUUGGACUUUUGUCCAAUUAAGCAAAACAAACGGCUGGAUGAUUAUGUGGGGGUGAGUGAGGCCCAGGUGGGGGGUUCUCAGGGCCCUGCAGGCCCAGGGCCUGGUGAUGCUCGAGAUGAUAGUCUUAACCGGUACACUUUCCUGGUCUCUCCUAUGUAACAGCAGGAAAGGCCACGUCUUGUUCCUUCUACAAUGCUGUGCGACUGAGCUUUUUGUAAUAAAAUGUUUUAUAUGUAGUGCA